GGUGAGUCCUGGUGAGGAUGACGAUGACGCACGUGGGGGCAGUACUUGGUGCAGUAACAGCAGUGAUGGCCAUCCUGUUUCACUCUUCCAUUCACAAGAUAGAGGAGGGACACCUAGCUGUUUACUACAGGUAUGAUCCCUGACCCCCAACCCUCUACGAGUCCACGUCCUCCAUUUACCAGGUAGUGAAAUGCUGUGUAGAGUAGAUUCAUAUUAUUGGUUCAUUUCACUGUUCGCUGUGUUUCAGAGGAGGAGCUUUACUAACCACACCCAGCGGCCCUGGAUACCACAUUAUGAUGCCCUUUAUUACCACCUACAGAUCAGUACAGGUACUACUUGUUGUACCUUUUUUUUUUUUACUAUAAAGGCCUCGUUGGAGCCCCCCUUCGGGCCGAUGAUGCGUCUUGAAUGUCAACAUUCUAAUAGUCUAAAAAAUGCAUUUCAUAUAUGCUAUCGGAAGAAAAAUAUUUUGGUUGUGUUUUAUAAGGUCUUGGGUAACAUUAAAAUAUGAAAGAAUAUAUUUAAAACACAAUAGCGUUUUCAUUAGUUUAUGUAACUGUAGCCUAUGUGUACAAAUGAAGAACGACUAAAACACCACAAUUCCAGUGUUAAAAUCCAUUAAAUAAACACCAUCACAAAGAUCAUUCAUUAUUAAUUUGUUAAGGGUGUUAAGGGCAGGUCUUAAGGAACAUUAUGAAUUAAAGAAAAUGCGUUUCGAAAGAACAGAAUGGCACAAAUACACUUCAUGGCGUUGUCAUGCUGAAACAGGAAAGGGCCUUCCUCAAACUGUUGCCAAAAAGUUGGAAGCACAGAAUCGUCUGGAAAGUAAUUGUCUGCUGUAGCGUUAAGAUUUCCCUUCACUGGAACUAAGGGGCCUUGCCCGAACCAUGAAAAACAUCCCCAGACCAUUAUUCCUCCUCCACCAAACUUUACAGUUGGCACUAUGCAUUCGGGCAGGUAGCGUUCUCCUGGCAUCCGCCAAACCCAGAUUUGUCAAUGGGACUGUCAGAUGGUGAAGCGUGUUUCCACUGCUCCAGAGUCCAAUGGCGGUGAGCUUUACACCACUUCAGCCGACACUUGGCAUUGCGCAUGGUGAUCUUAGGCUUGUGAGCGGCUGCUCGGCCAUGGAAACCCAUUUCAUGAACCUCCCGACGAACAGUUAUUGUGCUGAGGUUGCUUCCAGAGGCAGGUUUGAAUUCGGUAGUGAGUGUUGCAACCGAGGACAGACGAUUUUUACGCACUACGCGCUUCAGCACUCGGCGGUCCCGUUCUGUGAGCUUGUGUGGCCUACCACCAGAGUUCCUCUGUGGAGAAGGGAGAACCUUCCAGAAGGACAACCAUCUCUGCAGCACUCCACCAAUCAGGCCUUUAUGGUAGAGUGGCCAGACGCAAGCCACUCCUCAGUAAAAGGCACAUAACAGCCCGCUUGGAGUUUGCCAAAAGGCACCUUAAGACUCAGACAAUGAGAAACAAGAUUCUCUGGUCUGAUAAAACCAAGAUUGAACUUUUUUGGCCUGAAUGCCAAGUGUCACGUCUGGAGGAAACCUGGCACCAUCCCUACGGUGAAGCAUGGUGGUGGCAGCAUCAUGCUGUGGGGAUGUUUUUCAGCGGCAGGGACCGGGAGACUAGUCAGGAUCGAGGGAAAGAUGAAAGGAGCAAAGUACACAGAGAUCCUUGAUGAAAACCUGCUCCAGAGUGCUCAGGACCUCAGACUGGGGCGAAGGUUCACCUUCCAACAGGACAACAACCCUAAGCACACAGCCAAGACAACACAGGAGUGGCUUUGGGACAAGUCUCUGAAUGUCCUUGAGUGGCCCAGCCAGAGCCCAGACUUGAACCCAAUCGAACAUCUCUGGAGAGACCUGAAAAUAGCUGUGCAGCAACGCUCCCCAUCCAACCUGCCAGAGCUUGAGAGGAUCUGCAGAGAAGAAUGGGAGAAACUCCCCAAAUACAGGGGUGCCAAGCUUGUAGCGUCAUACCCAAGAAGACUCGAGGCUGUAAUUGUUGCCAAAGGUGCUUCAACAAAGUACUGAGUAAAGGGUCUGAAUACUUAUGUAAAUGUGUUAUUUCUUUUGAAUAAAUUUGCAAGAAAUUCUAAACCUGUUUUUGAUUUGCCUUUAUGGUGUAUUGUGUGUAGAUAGAUGAGGGGGGGGAAAUGUUCUUCCAUUUUAGAAUAAGGCUGUAAAAAUGUGGAAAAAGUUAAGGGGUCUGAAUAUUUUCAGAAUGCAGCAUAUAUUAGUUAUUUGAGUGUUGCAAGUGCACGCCCAUAAGUUAUAUAUUAAAACAGUGCUCAAGGGAUCAUUUUUAAUAGUUGUUUGGCAAGGAUAGGUGAUUUGGAAACUGCAGAAUCUACUCUUUCUGAUACUAUAUAGACAUCAAAAAUGUCUUACCUGCUUGUGACUGUAGGAGAAUUUGCAAAAGUAACUUUUUGUCACUCAGUUUCGUUUCACUGCCUCUGUGUCAAUUCCAUGCUGGGCUGUUCAUCAGAUUAAUUCUUCAUAUAUAAUUUAACAAUUUGUAAUAUUCUCACCCAUCAUACUAUCGUCAAUUUAAUGUUGUAUUUAGAAAUUAUUUUAGGUGCAUUUUCGAUGGGCCAUUAACUGAUCAGGCUGACUUCCAGUGAGUGACUGGCGGUGAAUGAAGAGCAGGGGGGAAAGAAAUGACAUGUCCUCUUAAAACUGAAUAACACAUUCUGUUUGUGAGAUUAACAUUCCAACAACGACAGUGUGUUAUAUAGACUUAUUUAGGAAAAGUAAAGGAUGGGGGGUGGAUAUGACUUUAAAAAUGUAAAAGUAAAUUCAUUUUUUGUCAGUAUGACACACUCUCAGCUCUCCUAGUGUUAACCCCUAAACCCUGACCUCAAACCCUAGAUAUCACAUCAUGCUGCCCUUUAUUACGUCUACAGAUCAGUUCUGAUAAUUAACUCUCUGUUCCAGACGACUCUUCAAACUGAUGAGAUCAAGAACGUGCCUUGUGGAACCAGGUGAACAGUUACAUGGUGAUGGCUGUGUGCUUGUAUGGCGGGGGGAAUUGUCCAUGUGCGUGACCAUAUUACUGAUGUGCGUGUUCUCUCCACAGUGGAGGAGUGAUGAUCUACUUUGACCGUAUAGAGGUGGUCAACAUGCUGGUGCCCUCAUCUGGUAAUACCUUCUGAAAACUUUUCUAGCAGAGUGGAUCCCUAGGAAACCUACAGAUAACUGCCAAAAUAAAGGACACACCAACAAAGCACUGGGCCACCACGAGCCGACAGAACAGCUUCAAUGUGCUUUGGCAUAGAUUAUACAAGUGUCUGGACCUCUAUUGGAGAGAUGCAAUGCCAUUCUUCCACGAGAAAUUCCAUCAUUUGGUGUUUUGUUGAUUGUUGUGGAAAACACUGUCUCAGACGCUGCUCCAGAAUCUCCCAUAAGUGUUCAAUUGGGUUGAGAUUUGGUGACUGAGAUGGUGACACCCUUUAAACCACCCAUUCGCUCCUUUGAGACUCCUCUAUCAAUGUCACAGAUCUCUUCUUCUAACCAUGGUAGCCAAAAUAAUUGGCAACUGGGCAUUUUCAUACAUGACCCUAAGCAUGAUGGGAUGUUAAUAGCUGAACUCAGGAACCCCACCUGUGUGGAAGCACCUGCUUUCAAUGUACUUUGUAUCCCUAAUUUACUCAAGUGUUUCCUUUAUUUUGGCAGUUACGUGUAUGUUGUCCCCAUUUCUAUGUAGGUCGAAAAGGGGUGGGGUGACGUUUCUACUUUGCUAGUGUAUACUAAUCUCUCUCGUUCUCACUUCACAGUGGUGGACACAGUAAAGAACUAUACAGCUGAUUAUGACAAAACUCUAAUUUUCAACAAGAUUCACCAUGAACUCAACCAAUUCUGCAGCGUACACACUCUACAGGAGGUCUACAUCGAGCUGUUUGGUGAGUACACACACACUCACUCAAUUCUAUAGCAGUUAAGACACUUCUGUACAUCAGUGUAGAUGCCCAGUGUAACUCUUGUUGCCCUCCUGUGUCUCGGGCUGUCAGACAUUAUUGAUGAGAACCUGAAGAUCGCUCUGCAGAAAGACCUCAACUCAAUGGCGCCUGGACUGACAAUACAGGUACACACACUAGCGUUGGGGUCAAUUAUAUACACACAAACACCAGGUUUGGGGUCCAUUCCAAUUCAGCCAAUUCAGCAAAAUUGUAUUUGUAAUUUCAGUUUACUUCCUGAAUUGACUGAAUUAAAUUGGAAUUGACCCUGACUAGGGCUGUGGAGGUCAUAAAAUUUUGUCAGCCGGUGAUUGUCAAGCAAAUAACUGCCGGUCUCACAGUAAUUGACCGUUAAUGAACACGUUUAGCAUCUCCUGGCUUCCACGCAUAGCCUACAAGCCACUGAUGCAGACCUUUGGAACAUGUACAUUUUAACAAGUCUAAUAAAUUAAUGUAAUAUAGCCUACACCUUCACAAUAAAUCCAUUAUUUAUUUUAGACGAGUCUAAAGAAACAUGAUAUGAAGAAAAUGUAGUCUAUUUCAGAAGAACAGAACAGCAUACUCUGAGUUGUCCUUAUGUUAGGACCUGAAUAUGCCAUAUGGCUGUGGGUGAUUUUUAAUACAUUCUAAGGCUGCAUGAUGCGAUGAUUUGAAAAAAGUUGCAUGAAAGGCAUGAGCUCUGCUUUUUUUUUUGUGCAGGCUGUACACACUUCAUCAGUCUCUCAUUCACAAUUUGGGCUGAAUAUUAUAAUUCCCUUCUCCUGGCUGAGUACCGAAGCACCACUCAUUCACAUGGCUCUCGGUCUCAUGAUCGGGUUUUUCUCACAGGCUACAAGUGAAUACAGACACAUCGGGGACGCAACUGCACGCGUCCUUAUUCAAUUCCGAGGCGCAUAUUGAAGAUACUGGAAGUACUGUCCACAUUUACUUUUCGUCAGCCAACAAGUUGAGUAGGCCUAAUGAACAGCAAAAGCACUAGCCUAUGUCAAUCCCCAUAGUACAAAAGUUGACCUAUUUUGUGCAACAAAUAAAUAUUCCAAACAUAGUCUGGGACAGUUGUGGGAUUCGAUAGAUCCCAAAUUAAUACAACCACUAGCAUAAAAAAAAAAACUGUUUUAAGCAAUGAGCCUGACGCAACAGAUCAGAACGUUUAGCUUGAAAUGUUAAUUAACUAUUAGGCUAUUUCUUCACAUUAUAAGUGCAGCAAUGUGCACCCGGCAGUAGGCUAUAAGCUCAACUGUUCCAUUAGCAGGAAAAAACCAUUCUCAAAAGUGACUGCAAAUGCGAUUAUGCAUUUAAUGCUUUUAUUAUAACGGUGCAUUUUUAUGGUGAAUUAUCUUCCCCAAACAUGAAGCUCACGCGCUGCGGAUGUAUGCCAUUUAGGCUCUACACCUGUUGUAAAGCGGAUUAAUGUGCUUCAUUUUAAUUUGUAAUUUGGACACUUUAGUUGUGAUACAAAUCUUAUCAAACAUAUAGGCCUAUGGGCUAGGCUACAUGAGGUGCGCGACUAUAAUUUGAAAAAGUCAUGCACUGUUUCUUGCCUUAAGCUGGACGUCAUUCACAAGUGACAGGCUAAUAUUGUCACCCAUCAGACUAUUCUUGAUUUAAUCUUGUCUUUACAUAUUCUAAAUAAUAUAUGUGUGAAAUUUUUGGGGGAUUUAGAAUGGACCAUUUAUCAUGCACCUGUCUCGAAAUACUUGUCAUCUAUGCACUUAAAUAGCAAAUGGAGGACGCUUUUCCCGUGGUUCAUUUUCAUGCCAGCCUGGUAGGCUAUACUCUUGUUGUAAAGAGAAGCAAUGUGCUUAAUAUUAGGAAAGUAAAUAAAUAUAGUAGGCCUAGCCUAUAGAAAGCUGAUGGGAUCCUCCUUUUAAUAGAGGCCAUCACUCUGUUUUCUCACACAAUUGCAUAGCCAAUAGAAAUGUUGCGCAACAUGAGCUCAUGGGCUCUCAUGAAGUGUUUGAUUAGAUUUUCGAAUACAUUUGCAGUGAUGUCAGAGUGAUUUAGAGGGACAAUAGAGUGCUGAGUACCAGGCAGUUAGCAAGUUUUUUAGGUUACUAAUGACCAUCAGCAGGAGAAGGAGAAGCCUAAUUACAUUGUGUUGUGUGACAACUGCACAAUUUAGAGUGGCCUUUUAUUGUCCCCAGCACAAGAACGUACACCUGUAAUGAUUGUUGUUUAAUCAGCUUCUUGAUAUGCCACACCUGUCAGGUGGAUGGAUUAUCUUGGCAAAGGAGAAAAUGCUCACUAACAGGGAUGUAAACAAAUUUGUGCACAACAUUUGAGAGAAAUAAGCUUUUUGGAUGUAUGGAAAAUGUCUGCGAUCUUUUUUUUUUCAGCUCGUGAAACAUGGGACCAACACUUUACAUGUUGCAUUCAUAUUUUCGUUCAUUGUAGAACAAUCAUGCCUCUCUGACAUGUAGAAUACGGUGUGCAAGUGAUGUCAUCCUACGUCAUUCUUCUGGGGUCAUGUCCGGGUCUUUUGAAUAGGCUUCAAAAUUAUAUCAUCAAAUUCAUGAAAAUGCGGUCAUUUAAGAUAUAUAUUCGUAAUUGUGUAUUGAUUUACUCAUACCCGAUGCCUUUUAUAAAAAUAUUUGGUGCUCAAGAAGUGAGAUACAUCACCGAAAGUUUAAAAAGUCUCAUUUGAACUUCAUCUCCUGCAGCGUUGUUAGCAUGUAGGAGCGUGCCUGCUCGAGCUGAGUACUUACAAGACAAAGUUUGGCUACUGAACAUGGCCCUGGUUUGUGUAUACUGAGUGUGUCUCUAUGUUCCAGGCUGUCCGAGUCACUAAGCCCAAAAUCCCAGAGGCCAUCAGGAGAAACUUUGAGCUCAUGUGAGUGUUCUCUCUCACUCCUUUUUUUUUUCUUUGUUCUUUCUCUCUCUAUUUCUCUUAUCUUUCGUUCUCUUUUCAUUAUCUAUCUUUCUUUCAUUCCAUCUCUUUAUUUCCCAUUCCUUCUCUCUCUUUGAGUAACCCUCUCUCACUGUGUGUGUGUGUGUGUGUGUGUGUGUGUGUGUGUGUGUGUAAGCUUCUCUCUCACUCUGUGUGUAGGGAGGCGGAGAAGACUCGUCUGUUGAUAACAGUUCAGACUCAGAAGGUCGUGGAGAAGGAAGCCGAGACCGAGAGGAAGAAAGCCAUUAUCGGUAACCUAGCAACACUCCUCUUUCUCAUACACCACCGGUUGUAUACUGUAGGUAUCUGAAAACAACCCGUACAUCUAAAAUAUAUGGAGCUAGGUUACGAUACAGGUUGUAACUUGUACUCCUGUCACACUGUAACACUAUGCACUCUUCUCUCUCUCUCUCCUAUCUCCUUCUUUCCCCACCGCCCACAUUCUUUCUUUUUCUCAGAGGCUCAGAAAGUGGCCGAGGUAGCACAGAUUCAUUUUCAACAGAAGGUGAUGGAGAAAGAGACUGAGAAGAGGAUCUCUGAGAUAGAGGGUCAGUCACUGUGUGUGUGUGUGGACAUGUUUAACGAACUAUACUUGUGGGUAGGGCUUUGACAGUGACCGUAUUACCGCCAUACCUGCGGUCACGAGUCAUGAAGGCAGUCAAAUUCCACGUGAACGGUUUAGUCACGGUAAUAAUGCUUCUCCAUGCUCUGAUGGUGCUGAUGGUCAUUAGUAGCCUACCAAACUUGCUAACUGCCUGGUACUCGGCACUCUAUUGUCCCUCUAAUCACUCUGACAUCAAUGCAAAUGUAAUCGAAAAUCUAAUCAAACACUUAAUGAGAGCCCAUGUGCUCGUGUUGCGCAACAUUUCUAUAGGCUAUGCAAUUGCGCAAGAAAACAGAGUGAUGGCCUCUUAAAAAGAGGAGGAUCCCAUCAGCUUUCUAUAGGCUAGGCCUACUAUAUUUAUUUCUCAACUUCCUAAUAUUAAGCACAUUGCUUCUCUUUACAACAGGAGUAUAUCCUACCUGGCUGGCAUGAAAAUGAACCUCAGGAAAAGCGUCCUCCAUUCGCUAUUUAAGUGCAUAGAUUACAUGUAUUUUUUCCUCUGUCCCUGUGUCGAGACAGUUGCAUGAAAAUGGUCCAUUCUAAAUGAAAACAAAUUUCACACAUAUUAUUUAGUAUAUGUAAGACAAGAAAAAAAAAAAAAAAAAAGUAAAGUGGUUAUCCCACUGGCUAUAGGGUGAAUGCACCAAUUUGUAAGUCGCUCUGGAUAAGAGCGUCUGCUAAAUGUCGUAAAUGUAAAUGUAAUAGUCUGAUGGGUGACAAUAUUAGCCUAUCACUUGUGAAUUAUAUAUUUUCACUUGUGAAUGAUUCCCAGCAUAACUUUUUCAAAUCAUAGUCGCACACCUCAUCUAGCCUAGCCCAUAGGCCUAUAUGUUUUGAUAAGGUUUGUAUCACAACUAAAGUGGCCAAAUAACAUUAAUCCGCUUUAGAAGGGGUGUAGUGCCUAACUGGCAUACAUACGUUUCAAGUUUGGGGAAGAUAAUGUUCACCAUACAAAUGCACCUUUUAUAAUAAAAGCAUUACAUGCGUAAUCACAUUUGCGAUCUCUUUUGAUAAUGGUGUUUUUCCGCUAAUGGAACAUUCGCGCUUAUAGCCUACUGCAGUGUGCGCAUUGCUGAGAUUUAAUUUGAAUAGAGAGCCUAAUAGGUUAUCAACAUUUUAAGCUAAACGUUCUGGUCUGUUGCAUCAGCCACAUUGCGUAAAAACAUUUUUUUUUAUGCUAGUGGUUGUAUUACUUUGGGAUCUAUUGCAUCCCACAACUGUCCCAGACUAUGUUUGGAAUAUUUAUUUAUUGCACAGAAUAGAAUAGGUCAACUUUUGUACUAUGGGGGAUAGUAGAUUGACAUAGGCUAGUACUUUUGCUGUUCGUUAGGCCUACUCAUUCUGUUGGCAGACGAAAAGUAAAUGUGAACAGUUCUUCCAAUAUCCUCAAUAUGCCCGUCGGAAUUGGAUAAGGACGCGUGCAGAUGUCUGUCUUCACUUGUAGCCUGUGAGAAAGACCCGAUCACGUGAUGGAGAGCCAUGUGAGUGAGAGGUGCUUCAGAGCAUGCAGCACUCACAGAGACUGGCACAACGCAGCACUCCGGGCCAAGGGCACAACGGCCACUGGUUGCAAAAGGCAUGGAUUUUUUGGGGGUGCAUUAUGGCCACACAAAGAGGAUGCAGCCGUGAAAUUCGAGGCAUUAUCAAGUGAUGUCAAAUUGUGAAUGAGAGACUGAUGAAGUGUGUACAGCCAGCGCAAAAAACAAAGCAGAGCUCAUGCCUUUCAAGCGACUUUUUUCAAAUCAUCAUUAUAGUUGCAUCAUGCAGCUUUACAAUGUAUUGUGACGUCACGAGAGGCUACACAGCUUUCAGCGGGGUUGCUCAAGUAGUGCAAGGAGACAAGGUUCAAACAAAACAAGGAUUUUAUUAUAGGUCUUGGGAAAUUAACGAAAAUAUAACAAAAUUCUGUUCUCUUGUGGCUCUUUAAGGGUUAACAGUUCAGGGAUGUCUCUUCCACAUCCAAAAUCAUAAUUCUCACUCGCUCAGAUAACUUUUCCCCAGCCUUACUGUAGUCCACGUUGCAGCUAGUAGCCAAACACCCAGCAAAAAGUCCUUCCAAAUGUCUCUCACGUAUUUCCACAGGUGCAUAUAUCCAAAGGUGAGUAUUUCCCAAAGGUAAGUAUCUCCAAAUCCUUAUAUUCCUCCUGGAAGUGGACGUGCAGCACUCUUGUCCUCCAGAGAGCCCAGGUUGGAGACUGUGUUUCUUCACCCCCCACACACCCCCUCAGUGUGUCUCUUCCCUUCCCAAAACCUUCAGCUCAUCAGCUCCUGAUUUGUUUCAGCUGCGUGGGAAGAUUGGCCAUAGAGGGGUGGAGUUCCCGACCAUACCAGCAGAUGGAGCCAUAGCUGUCUGGGUUUGCAGCCACCUCAGGGGGAUGUAACGUCCCUCCAGGACACAGCCUCUCGUGACAUCACACAUCCCCCUCCUCGGGACCGACGUCCUCGUCGGGGUAAAGGCAGCGAAGAAGGCAUCACGCCGGGAGAGGGCGUCCGCAUUGCCGUGGUGCUUGCCAGCCCUGUGGGCAACAGAAAAGUUAAACGGUUGCAAGCUCAAAAACCAUCUGGUUACUCUACUGUUUGAUUCCUUGUUCUUGGCCAUCCACUGCAGAGGGGCGUGAUCAGAUACCACCAUGAAACGUCGGCCCAGGAGAUAGAACCGAAGGGACUCCAGGGCCCAGACUACAGCCAGACAUUCUUUCUCCACCGUUGAAUAGUUCUUCUCUCUUGGAAGUAACUUUCUGCUUAGGUAGAGAAUGGGAUGUUCUUCACCGUCAUGUGCCUGGGUGAGGACAGCACCCAGACCCACCUCCGAAGCAUCCGCUUGGACAAUGAAUUCCUUCUUGAAGUCUGGUGCCACCAGGAUCGGACUGGAGCAGAGUGCUCGCUUCAGGUUGAGGAAAGCCGCCUCCGCCGCAGGGUUCCACUUCACCAUUCGUGAGUGGCGUUUGGUCGUCAGCUCCGUCAACGGUGCAGCUAUGGUAGCAAAAUCUGCAAUAAAGCGUCUAUAGUAGCCAGCGAGGCCCAAAAAUGACCUUACUUGCUUCUUGGUGAUGGGCUGCGGCCAGUCCUGUAUGGCCCGCAGUUUGGCUUCCUGUGGUUUGACCAACCCCCGCCCAAUGGUGUACCCCAGGUAGUUUGUCUCACUGAAGGCCAGCUUGCACUUCUUCGGGUUUGCCGUGAGCCCUGCUUCCCUGAGCGAAUCCAGCACCGCUUGUACCCGGGGUAUGUGGCUGGCCCAAUCCGGACUUUGUAUAACAACAUCAUCCAAAUAAGCCGCUGCGUACCUCUUGUGGGGCGCAAGGACUCGAUCCAUCAGGCGUUGGAACGUGGCAGGUGCCCCGUGGAGACCAAACGGAAGUCGGGUAUACUGGUAGAGCCCCUCCGGGGUGGCAAAGGCUGUCUUCUCCUUGGACGCCGGGGUCAGGGGCACCUGCCAGUAGCCUUUUGUGAGAUCAAGAGUGGUUAGGAAACGAGCAUGCCCCAAGGAGUCUAUUAAAUCAUCGACACGAGGCAUUGGGUAUGCAUCAAAUUCAGACACUUCAUUCAACUUUCGAUAGUCAUUACAAAAUCGUACUGAACCGUCUGGCUUGGGAACUAGUACGAUGGGACUUGCCCAGGCACUGUGGGACUCUUCGAUUACUCCCAACUCCCGCAUCUUCCUUACCUCCUUCUGUAUAACCACUUUACGAGCCUCUGGCACGCGGUACGGGCGCUGGUUUACCGUUCGGCCAGGCAUGGUGCGGAUCUCAUGUUGGACCACCUCUGUGUGACCGGGAAGGGAGGAGAAGACAUCCUGGUUCUGCUCCACGAGUUCCAGGGCCAUCUGUCGUUGAUGUGGGGACAGAUUUGGACCCAGCUGAACCUCUUCUCGCGCCGGUUCCUUGGUCUCUGUGGGGGGUAGACAGCUGAACAUCGCCUCUCUGGCGUGCCACUUCUUUAAAAGGUUAACAUGAUAAAUCUGCUCAGUUUUUCUUUUAUCUGGUUGCCUCACCUUGUAGUUUACUUCUCCCAUGCGUUCAAUGACCUCAUAUGGUCCUUGCCAGGUUGCCAGGAAUUUACACUCAACGGUUGGCACCAGGACCAGCACUCUGUCCCCCGGCUUAAACUCCCUGGGUUGAGCAGAUCUGUUGUAGGAGGCUUGCUGUUGCCGCUGACUGGCCUCCAGGUGUUCCCGCAUCAUGGGAUAGAUGGCCUUCAUUCUCUCCCUCAUAGCCCCGACAUGGUCGAUCAGUGUCCGCUGUUGGCAUGGCUGCUCCUCCCAGGCCUCCUUGGCGAUGUCGAGCAGUCCUCUGGGUCUGUAGGAAAGCAAGAGCUCAAAGGGUGAAAAACCAGUAGAAGACUGAGGUACCUCUCUCACCGCAAAUAAUAUGUAUGGUAACAGCUGAUCCCAGUUGCGCCCAUCUUCCCCUACCGCUUUCCGCAGCAUGGAUUUUAGUGUUUUGUUAAAACGUUCGACUAGGCCAUCUGUCUGGGGGUGGUAGACCGAGGUUCUCAGCUGUUUGAUUUUCAGUAAAGCACAGAGUUCUUUCAUCACCCUGGACAUGAAUGGAGUCCCUUGGUCCGUCAAUAUCUCUUUUGGGAUUCCCAGACUAGUUGAGAGACGGAACAGCUCCUUGGCGAUUUGUCUGGAUGUAGCCUUCCUCAGCGGAAUGGCCUCCGGGUACCGGGAUGCAUAGUCCAGAAUGACCAGAAUGUAUUGAUGUCCCCUGGAACUUUUCGGUAAGGGCCCGACUAUGUCUAAUCCAAUCCUCUCAAAAGGAGUUUCGAUAAUGGGCAAGGGAAUGAGCGGGUUUCUAUAUGUGGGCUUUGGCGCAACCUGCUGACACUCAGGGCAACUACGGCAGUAGUUCUCUAUCUCUUUGUGUACUCCUGGCCAAAAGAAACGUUGCAUGAUUCUUUCCUUAGUCUUCUCUACCCCCAAGUGGGCCCCUAGCGGGUGUGUGUGGGCUAGGUUGAGUACUGUGGCCCGAUAGGGCUGUGGCACGAGGAGCUGUUCAUGCACUUCAUCAUUUUUCUUGACUAUCUGAUAUACUAACCCCCGGUUUACUGCGAAAUGGGGGUAAGUAGGGUUUGUCUUAUCACCUAACACUACACCUCCUAAUACCUGCACAUUUCUUAAGGCAUUUGCAAGAGUAGGAUCUUGUAGUUGAGCCGUACCAUACUGGCCUGUGAGAGGGGGAAGCUCUUGGGUGCCUGGGACGUCUUCUUCACUGGAGAACGGAGCACUUUCCUGGGCUGCGUUCUCUUCUCCCGUAUCCGGACCAGUCUCGGUGUCGGUCUGGGCACCUGCCAUCCCUAUCAGAGCCCGGGCGGGAGUGAGUAACUCGGAGGAUUGCACCGGAGCCUUCCCAGGAUGAGUCUUGCCUCUCCGUUUCCGAGGUACUCGGGUUAUCCUCUCCUGAGACUCUCUCCAGAGUGGGUAAAAGGCUGGGCAGUCUCGUCCAAUUAGGACAGGGACGGGGAGGGAAUCAACCACCCCCGCCGUCGUGUGUAUGGUUCCCCGUGUGCUGGUCAUUGUAAGUUCCGUAAUGGGGUAUUCUCUGGUGUCCCCAUGGACACAGGAAACUGGGAGGACUUUCCCCGGGGUCAGACACGUUGGGCCCACCAAAUCCUUACGCACCAGGGUGGCCCGGCUACCAGAAUCCAGUAAGGCCUCCACAUCAUGGUGAUUCACAGUUACCGGGCAGGUGGGGGGUCGAUCUGGGCCGCCAUCUACGACUCCCAAGAGCGAGGCAAAACGGGGUGUGGGUGCUGAGCUGGAGGACUCCGCAGUGGGCAUAGGUUCAUCGGCUGGUUUCCCACACUGCCAGGAGAUAUGUCCCAUCUCCCCACACCGGUAACACUGUCGAGUUUCCCCCUCCUGGUGUACUCUUCUUGGACCCGCCUGGUUUCUGGCUCCCCCUGGAGCCGGGAUAAGUCCUGACGUGGCUGGGUUCGAGACCUUGGGGUCCUUUGGACGGGUUCUUCCCAUUUGUGGUGGGGCCGCACUCCUGGGGUCUUUUCGGGAAGCAUUCAGCAUCUCCGCUGUGGCCUGGUACUUUUCCACAGCUUCCACGGUCAGAUCAGCCGUGGUCAAGGCCUGUUGACUGAUGAACCGUUUUGCCUCAUAAGGCAGGGCGCGUAGGUAACGAUCCACCACAACGGCCUCCACCACCGCCGCUGCUGUAUUCCUCUGCGGAUCCAGCCAUUUCCUUGCGAUUCGGACAAGUUCAUGCAUCUGCGCCCGAGGAGGUUGGUCUGGUUGGAAGGUCCAGCUGUGAAAGCGCUGGGCCAUACCAAACUUUGUGAGUCCAUAUCUGCUGAGGAUCUCAGCCUUCAGGGCAUCAUAGUCAGUAACCUGGUCAGGGCCCAGGUCCCGGACAGCAUUCAGCGAUUCCCCGGUUAGAAAGGGGGCUAACAGACCAACCCACUGUUGCUUGGGCCAGGCUUCCCUAGUGGCCGUGGCCUCAAAUGCAUGCAGGUAUGCCUCAAUGUCAUCGGUAGCUCCCAUCUUAGAUAUGAAGUCACUUGCCUUUAUUGGGCGGGUAUUUUGGACAACCCUCUGUCUCUGCAACUGCAAUUCCUCUGCCUUCAGAAGGUUGGCUUUCUUUUGCUCCUCCAAGAGAGCCACGUUUGCUUGCAUCUGGGCUUGCUGGCCAGCAACAAGGGCUUUCAAUAUGUCCUCCAUUUCAGUCGGCGGGGAGCCUACGGCCAACUUGGAACUGGGUGAUCAAACCUUCGGUAUCCUCCUCUGACAUGCACUAUUAACGCUUGAGUUGCCUGUAUUCUCCACCAUCUGUGACGUCACGAGAGGCUACACAGCUUUCAGCGGGGUUGCUCAAGUAGUGCAAGGAGACAAGGUUCAAACAAAACAAGGAUUUUAUUAUAGGUCUUGGGAAAUUAACGAAAAUAUAACAAAAUUCUGUUCUCUUGUGGCUCUUUAAGGGUUAACAGUUCAGGGAUGUCUCUUCCACAUCCAAAAUCAUAAUUCUCACUCGCUCAGAUAACUUUUCCCCAGCCUUACUGUAGUCCACGUUGCAGCUAGUGGCCAACCCAGCAAAAAGUCCUUCCAAAUGUCUCUCACGUAUUUCCACAGGUGCAUAUAUCCAAAGGUGAGUAUUUCCCAAAGGUAAGUAUCUCCAAAUCCUUAUAUUCCUCCUGGAAGUGGACGUGCAGCACUCUUGUCCUCCAGAGAGCCCAGGUUGGAGACUGUGUUUCUUCACCCCCCACACACCCCCUCAGUGUGUCUCUUCCCUUCCCAAAACCUUCAGCUCAUCAGCUCCUGAUUUGUUUCAGCUGCGUGGGAAGAUUGGCCAUAGAGGGGUGGAGUUCCCGACCAUACCAGCAGAUGGAGCCAUAGCUGUCUGGGUUUGCAGCCACCUCAGGGGGAUGUAACGUCCCUCCAGGACACAGCCUCUCGUGACAUCACAGUAUUAAAAAUCAAAACAUAUAGCCCAACGUUUGUAGAACAACUAAAGUUACAUUAAUAACUCUAAAUUAAGCAUAUAGGAGUACUUAUUUAUUUGUUAACCGCUCAACACAGAAUAGCCGCAUGUGCGCACUCCCUCAAAUCGUUUGAAGAAAAUAUCAUUUUAUUUUAUUCAGCUUUGUUGAAUUGUAUUCUUCAUACUAUAAAAUAAUAUAAAAUAAUGCCAUGGAAUUUUAAGCAAAUCUUGUCUGCUAAAUGAACUGUAGCCCAAAGCAAUUUGGCAUAGCCAGAUCAGGGCCUAACAUAAGAGUAUGCUGUUCUGUUCUUUUGAAAUAUACUUCAUUUUCUUCAUAUCAUGCUUCUUUAGACCUGUCUAAAAUAAAUAAUGGAUUUAUUGUGAAGCUGUAGGCUAUAUUACAUGGAUUUAUUAGACUUUUUUAAAUGUAGAUGUUCCAAAGGUCUGCACCAGUGGCUUUUAGGCUGUGUGGAAGCCAGGAGAUGCUAAAUGUAUUUAAGUUAAUUAACCGUGAGACCGACAGUUAUUUGCUUGACAAUCACCAGCUGACAAUUUCAUGACCGCUACAGCUUUUUUUUACCAACUAGGGACAUUUUGUUAGUCCCCAAAAAGGUAAAUGCUAAUUCUAGAGGGUUUAGGGUUAAGGUUAGAAUUAGGUUUAGGGUUAGAAUUAGGAUUAGGUUUAGGAGCUAGGGUUAGUUUUAGGGUUAGGAGCUAGGUUUAUGGUUAGGGAAAAUAUGAUUUUUAAUGGGACUGAAUUGUGUGUCCCCACAAGGUUAGUUAUGAAAGAGUGUGUGUGUGUGUGUGUGUGAAUAUAAAUGUAUUAACUCUGUGUAUUUCAGACACUGCAUUCCUGGCUAAAAUGAAGGCCAGGGCUGAUGCAGAGUAUUACACAGCUGCUAAGUUUGCUGAAGCUAAUGGGGUAAGACACGUGUGUGUGUGUGUGUGCGCACACACUUACACACACACACACACACACACACACACACACACACACACACACACACACACACACACACACACACAUUCACACACACACACUGACAUCAUCUCUCCCAUCUCUUCAGUUAAAAUUAACCCCAGAGUACCUGGAGUUGAUGAAGUAUCAGGCGAUAGCAGCCAACAGUAAGAUCUACUUCGGCCAGGACAUCCCCAACAUGUUUGUUGACGGACACAGCCCUACCAAUACCCAGGACCCUGAGCCCCCAAAAGGCUCUGAACAGGAUGGACACUAAGACCCGAGACUAGCUGUCUGUCUGUCAGUGGAGGGGUUUGAAGGACAGUGGAAUGUGUAAGGCGUCAUUCCCCUCAGUGGGGUGUGUAAGAGUAAUGCUUUAGUCUUAAUUAUAUCGGCCAGGGAGAGAAAGGGGGGG